AUGGAGCUGGUCAGACUUGUGUCUGUGACUUUAGCUGUUAUUUUAACGAGUAGUUGUGGAGCUCAAACAGUAUCAGCACCCACUCUGAAAAUGGACCAGGCUUUGUUAAUAUUUCAUAACCAGCUGCCCCAUGAAGUGGAGGUCUUGUACACUUCAGAUUAUUGCUACAAGUGUGUGUACCAGCAUUUGGUCCAUGUGAAAGCCAGCUACAACAAUGCGUCUACCGUCAUCAGCACCAAAUUCACUUUGACCAUACAAGUGGAAUCCAGCAAGAGGAAUGUAAUUCUUUGCAGAUGGAGUGAGACAUAUGAGGAGGGUGGUCACUAUUCUGUACGGAUCCUAAGAUCAGAUAAUGCCAACAACGCCACCUGUAUCCAUUCUGUGCAUAGAAGACCAAACAAUUCCUACCUGCCUAUUCUGGUGGCUACUCUCUCCUUGGCUAUAAUAGCGCUCUUAUUUGUUGUUGCACCCUGCAUUUACAGAAAAUGUCAAACAUCAAAGUUUUUAAAGAAGAUUUUCUGUCACAGUCCCAAGUACUCGCUUGAUAAUGCCCAAACCCAUGCUACACAAACUGAGGGCAGUGCCACCAAAGUGAAGCACAAACGUUUACGUUCGCUGGAUGCUUUCCGAGGGUUUGCUCUCACAGUGAUGGUGUUUGUCAACUACGGUGGAGGGGGCUACUGGUUUUUCCAACAUGCGCCAUGGAAUGGUCUGACUGUAGCGGAUCUCGUCAUGCCAUGGUUCGUCUUCAUCAUCGGGACUUCAGUAGUGUUGGCGUUCAGGUCCAUGCAAAGGCGAGGCGUAGGCCGCCUGCAGCUGCUGCGAAAGAUCACGUGGAGAACUGCGGUGCUGCUGACGCUCGGCUUCUGCUUCCUCAACUACUCCCCGCGUGAUGGGCCAUUGUCCUGGUCUUGGCUCAGGAUCCCAGGGGUACUGCAGCGUCUGGGCUUCACGUACUUUGUUUUGGCUCUACUGCAAAUUCUGUGGGAACACAAAGAAAAUCCACCAAUGACAGGUCAGUGGUGGGCCCCCAUCGAGGACGUGGUGUUGUACUGGCCCCAGUGGCUGACCAUCAUCCUUUUGGAGACCUUGUGGCUGUGCAUCACUUUCCUCCUGCCUAUACCCAACUGCCCCACAGGGUAUUUGGGAGCUGGUGGAAUCGGAGAUUAUGGCCUUUACCCAAACUGCACGGGAGGAUCGGCAGGAUACAUCGACAGGUUGAUAUUUGGUGACAACAUGUACCGGUAUCCUACUUGUAAAGAAAUGUAUCGUACCACCCAACCUUUCGACCCAGAGGGGAUUCUGGGUACAAUCAACUCUGUUGUGAUGGGAUUUCUGGGCAUGCAGGCUGGGAAAAUUAUCAUUUUCUACAAGGGGAAGAACGUCCACAUCCUGUGCAGGUUCCUAGUGUGGGCAAUCAUCUUGGGAAUCUCGGCGGCCAUCCUUUCUAAGUGCACGCGAGAAGAAGGAUUUAUACCUGUCAAUAAAAACCUAUGGUCGUUGUCCUAUGUGACGUCUAUGGGCUGUCUGUCCUUCCUGUUGCUAGCAGGCAUGUACUUUAUCAUGGAUGUUAUGGGCUGGUGGGGCGGACAACCAUUCGUGUAUCCAGGGAUGAACUCCAUUUUGGUGUACGUUGGACACUCUAUGUUAGGUUUCUAUUUCCCAUUCAGCUGGGAGAUGCGCUUCCAGCAAAGCCACUGGGAGUGGCUCUUUCAAAGUCUGUGGGGAACGGCAUUAUGGGUGAUGAUUGCUUACCUGCUCUAUCGGAAAAAAAUCUUCCUUAAAAUUUGAUGAAAAUUGCUUUGCUGUGUUUACUGUAUAUUUAA